AUGGACAUCAAAAUAGAACCAGAGGAAUUCUGUGAGUCUAAUGAAGAUGAUGAAUAUUCAUAUGAAAUGAAUUCAACAGUGAAUGGAAAACAUCCACAAACUUGCAAAAAGGAAGUAAAACAAGAAAAAAGGAAUAGUCACAAUGGAGAGAAGCCUUUCAGAUCAACUGACUGUGAGAAAGCAUUUUACAAGAGAAUUAAUCUUACAAAUUAUAUUACAAAUCCUACCAGAGAGAAAUUCAUAUGCAAUGAUUGUGGGAAAGCAUUUUCCCGGAAACAAAAUCUUCAAGUUCAUAUGAGAAGCCAUACCGGAGAGAAGCCAUUCAUGUGCAACGAAUGUGGGAAAGCAUUUUCCCAGAAAUCAAAUCUUACACUUCAUAUGAGAUUGCAUGCUGGAGAGAAGCCAUUCAUGUGCAAUGAAUGUGGGAAAGCAUUUUCCCAGAAAUCAAAUCUUACACUGCAUUUGAGAUUGCAUACUGGAGAGAAACCAUUUAUGUGCAAAAAAUGUGGGAAAUCAUUUUCCCAGAAAUCAAGUCUUACACAUCAUAUGAGACCUCAUACUGGAGAGAAGCCAUAUAUGUGCAACGAAUGUGGGAAAGCAUUUCCCAAGAAAUUAAAUCUUACAAGACAUAUGAGAAUCCAUACGGGAGAGAAGCCAUUCAUAUGCAAGGAAUGUGGGAAAGCAUUUUCACAGAAAUCAGAUAUUACAGUUCAUAUGAGAAUCCACACUGGAGAGAAACCAUUCAUGUGCAAUGAAUGUGGAAAAGCAUUUUCCCAGAAACCAAAUCUUACACGGCAUAUGAAGUUGCAUACUGGAGAGGAAAAAGAAACAACAUGAUAAGAUAAACCAGUUAAGGCAGAGAUCUCUCAAAUGACCAACUAUAUGAGAGAUAAAAAUCACUCACAAAAUAUGCUCAAGAAAAUAAGGUAAAUAACGAAAAAAUACAGAAUAGGGGAUGAACAAGUGAGUGGAAAACUAGCAGAACACCAAGCCAACAUAAAGGCCCUAGCUUCACAAAUAGGAAACAAACAACAGAAGAUAAAAGUAAAACAGAUAAAUAGGCAGUUUGGUGAAAAUGACGAAAGAAACAGUGGAGGUACGAACACCUCCGAGCAAGGAAGACCUAGAGAGAUUUUGGAAGCCACUGUUUGAAGACCCUAGACAACACCAAGAGAAUUCAUGGAUUGAGACCAUUAGGCGGAAGAACAGCCGGAAACAGCAAAUGCCACCAGUAAGGUUCACCAUCGAAAAAGUAACAAAGAAAAUAAAAGAAUAUAAUAAUUUCAAGAUAACAGUAAUAGCAAGACCCCAAUUUCUGGCUAAAAAGAUCACAGCACUACGUCACACUUAUGCACAAGCCUUCUCAUGAGUGGCUCACACAAGAAAUACCAACCUUCUCCUUAAAAGCUCAGAGACAUAGCUCCCAAACAAAUAUAGGCCCAUCUGCUGCCUUCCAACACCCUACAAAUGGCUCACAGGAGUCAUAGCAGCUAAUGAAUUACAAGAAAGCAUUUGACACCAUGCCGUGCAACUGGAUAUUCAAAUGUAUGGAAUUAGACAACAUCAAUGAGGAAAUAAGAUCUUUCUUGGCAGCACAGAUGAGUAAGUGGAAGACCACUCUCUGUCUAAAACACUCUGAGGGACAGAUAGUAAUUCCAGACAUAAAAAUCUAAAGAGGAAUAUUCCAGGGUGACAGCCUUUCACUACUUCUAUUCUGCUUGACCAUAGAUCUGCUUAGGAAAAUCUUGAACAACAUUAACACUGGCUAUGACCUAAGUAAAAGCAGAAGCAGAAAAGAGAAUAAAAGAGUGAACCACCUGCUCUUCAUGGAUGACCUGAAGUUGUUUGCAGACUCAGAAUAAAAAUGGGAAGAACAAGUUAGGACAGUCCACCAAUUUUCAAAUGACACCUGCAUGGAAUUUGGUUUGGACAAGUGUGCCAAGAGUGCAAUAAAGAGAGGGAAGAGAGUAAUAUCAGAAGGUAUAAAGGUAGAGGAAGGCAUAUCUGUUGAAGACCAGGCAGAGGAGUAAUUGGGAAUAGAAGAAAACACUGGUAUAGAACACAAGAAAGUGAGAGAAAAGAUAAAGAAAGAAUACAUCAGCCACUUAAAGAAUUAACACCAAAGAACAAGAUCACUGUCAUAAACCAGCUGGCAAUACCAUUGGUGACAUGUGGUUUUGGCAUUAUAGACUGGCCACAAGGUGAGUUAGACAGGAUGGAUAUUAAAAGAUUCUCACCCUACAUUAAGUCACAUACAGACACCAGUGUAUGGACAUAAUAUACCUCCCUCACAAAGGUGGAUUAGGCCUAGCUGAGAUCAACCAGGCCUACAGAGCAGCAAUAAUAAGUCAAGGGUAGUACUUAAAAAGCUCUGAGGAUGAAAACAUGAAAAAAGUUGCCAACACCAUAAUGGAGGCCUGAGCCAACUAACAUCAAGCCUAAGAACUUUGCAGGAGAUCUGCUAGAAGACACAGAGGGCACUGAACAGACUCCAGCAAAAACGAUAGCCAGGAAGACCAAGCAGAAAUACAGUCACAGAGAGGAGAGACUUCGGACGGAAAGGUGGAAAGACCAUGGAAGGGCAGGAAGAUUUCAAGACGAACUGGAAAAAAGUUACAUAGACAAAGAAGAGUCACUCAGAUGGAUAAGAAAUGGAGAUCUAGGUUAUGAUGGAGAAAGAUUGAUAAUAGGAGCUCAAGAUCAAGGCUUCCUGACAAACAGCUUCAAGAAAAUGCGGGUAUAUCAGCAAAUGACCAGUGUAGGUUUUGUCAUGCAGUGAGUGAGAAUGUGAAUCAUCUGAUAUCAGCCUGUCAAACCCUGCUUGCAGAUGGUCACUACACAGCCCCCCACAACAAGAUCUGUAAAUAUAUACAUUGGAAAAUAUGUAAAGAAUACAGAACUGAAGUGAAAGAAAAAGUGUGGGAGCAUGAACCAGAUCCAAUCACCUCCAACAGGAAGAUAUAUAGAAGGAGGUGCUAUAAGACCUGAUAUUGUCAUCUGGAACAAUGAGGAAUAAACAGCAAAGCUUAUAAAUGUGACAGUACCCAGUGACUUUGGCCUCAAUAGAGCUUAAAGGCAUAAAAUAACAAAAUGCCAAGACCUGAAGAAUGACCUGAAAAGCACAUGGGAACUGAAGGAAAUAGAAAAAAACAAUACCUUUGGUGGUAGGAGCAACAGGACUUAUAAACAAAAACCGGAGAAAAUAUCUUCAGGUUAAACGAAAUUCCCCAGUAUAAAUGAGGUGCAGAUUGCUGCCCUCAAAGCAGUGGUAAACACCUUGAAACGAGCCCUUGGAUAUAAGGCUAGUGGAAUAUGAAGGUGCAAUCAUAGACCCCAGGCUGGAGCCCAUUGCACCACUGAUAUAAAUUGAAAAUUAAGAAUAACAUAAGCCAGAGAGAAACCACAUUGUUGUUCUAUAUGUCAAAGAAGUUCUUCUCAACCAAGUCCUCUCAAAAGACACGAGAAUUCACACUAGACAGAAACUGUUUACUUGAUCUCUGUCCAAGUAGUUUUUAUUAGAUGAUUUUAUUUAACUUGACUCCUGCGUCUGUUUUGAAUGAAGGUGUCUCAAAAGGUGUGUGAAAACUCAUGCUAGAAAGAAGUCAUAUCCUGUAUUCUGCACUUGGUUUCCAAGAAGUUUUUUUUUUCAUUAGGUUUUUUUCAUUAGGUUCAUCUUAGAAUGAAUGUGUUAAUUCAGAAGAAAGACGUUAUUCUUCCACACGAUGUUGAAACAUUUUUUUUCUUGUAGAUUCAUAACAUAUGUGAGCACUCAUGGAGGAUAGAUAUUGUUCUUUUACACUGCCUGUUGUACUUUUGUCUUGUAUUCUGCAAAUCACGGUCAUUGGUUCUGAAUGCCAGACUGUUUUUCAGUUGUCAAAAUGCACAAGCAAAGUCACUCAUCAGAGAGGAUGUUCAGUUGCAUUAACAGAUUUGUUGAUGUUUUGCACCCCAAAGUAAGUUGCACAUGAUAGGGAGAUAAUUAUUGUGAACUUGUCUGCAAAAUCUAUAGAAAAAAAGGCAACAGCAACCUAAGGGAUGAUAAAAAGAAAAACCAUAUAUUUUUAUGAUCCAAUUCAUGACCAUCAUCAUUGCUGUUACUCAAAGAAGAAAAGGAGCAUCUGGAGGAGGGUCUCACUGAAAAUGAAGAUGAAGGCUCUUCAUUUGCAGUCUUUAUUAGAAGUCAAGGCAGAGCCAAAGUAUUUUGGCCAGAGUGAAUUUGAUGCAAAAUGGUCGUGUAACCUCUAUGCAAAGGUAAAAUAAAUGACUGUUUUUUUCUCACAAAUGUUUUCAAUGAACACUGUACAGUGCUAGGUUAAGAAACUUUCAUUUGCCUUCUCCACUCUUCUUGUUCUUGUGUAUUUUUUGUACGAUUUCCAAAUAAAGAAUUAGUAUUGUCUUUGGCUGACACGACGUUUUCUUCCUUUUGUUAUUCAGCAUUGUGCAUAUAUGCACUUGUAUAUGUAGUUGUAAGCUUGAAUAUUUCCAUGAAAUGUUAUUCUUA